UUUUUGGGCUGAGGAAAAGUGUGUUAAAGAGUGUUAGUUGAGGAAAUUUCGGGUUGGGAAGAUACACUUCUGUUAUUGUUGUAAGAGCAAUGCUGCACAAUUCUGUUUUCUUGGACUUUUUCCUUAUGACAAAUCAUUGUGUAAUUUUUCCCUGUUAGGCUGUUUGAAAGUUUCCAUUGAGGGUUUGUUUUCUUUUUGAAAGAACAUUGACACAUCUACUUAUAUGCAUUCUUUGUAUAUAGCAAUUAAAAGUUAAAUAAUAUUCACACCUGCUCAAAGUCUCAGAUAUAAAGAUAUUUACAAUGAAAGCAGAACUGAGGAUAAUUCAAAAGGCAGCAUCAUUGUCCUAAAUUAUUAGAAAUAAAAAAUAGUCUUAGAUCUCUUAAUACUUGUGUAAUCACUGCAAUGUACAGGAAAAAACUUCUACAGAAGUCUACUGUGGGUGCUGCUUUAGACAGUUUGCCAAAAACCAAUUCACUACGUUUUUGAGAAGAAACCAAGUGCAUAUUUUUUCUCCUUAGCGUUGGUUUCAAUGUAUUGUAUUUGUCAAGCAGGCUUUGUAAGUAUCGAUAUGUGUGAGAAUAAUUUAUACUUCUUCUCUGCGAUAUGUUGUCAAAGUUAGUUGGCAUUACCUGUAAAGCCAGUUGUGUUUUCCCAUUUAAAUUCCGAAUGAACUUUUCAGGAGCAGGAGCUGAAGAGACAUGUCUGAGCAAGUCCUUUUGGCAGUGGCAGUAGCAUGUGCGCAAGACGUUUCUUGUCAUGCUUUUGAUCUGAAACUAUUCGCUUAGUUACAGAGGAAGCUUGCUUUUUCUUUCCCCCCCCCCGAACAUUGAAUCAAUCAGUUCUACGAAUGCGUUGGGUAGAUAUUUUCUCGGGUUGUUCAACAAACAUACCCAUCCUUUUUAGAGAGAGUAUUUGUUUUGUUUAUUAAUUGUGGCUAGCAUUUUACAAACUUUAAGUGGAAAAAUGCUGAAUGCUUAAAGGUUUGCAUGUUCAGCUUUUCAUCUAAUGCAUUGGCUGUGCUAGGUAUUAGGUUUUUGUUUACAUCUGCCGCAUGCUCCCAAUGGAUCUUGUUUUUCAACACAGCAUCACCAGCUUAUGUUCUUCCAAAAGCUGAACUGCAAUUGUGAAUGCCGUGUGUAAAUUACCUUUCUUUCCAAUGUUCUGACCAUUUUUUAGAAGCAUAACAUACUGUCUGUCACUCUUAAUGAGAUAUUAAGUCAUAAAACAGGUACUUGUUUUCAAGAAAUACAAUGGACAUGCAAAAAGUUUCUAACAGCUCUUGCAAUGAUGGAGUUCUACUUAGAAUGGGCCUUAAUGAUAACAAAGCUGGAAUGCAGGGUUUGGAUAAGGAGAAAAUCAAUAAAAUCAUCAUGGAAGCUACCAAGGGGUCUAAAUUUUAUGAAAAUGAACUUAAGAAAGAUCAACAAGUUAACCAACGAAUUGAAAAAAUGAUGCAGCUGAAAGAGAAAAUUACAGCACAACAGCUCUUGAAAGCACAGAUGCAGGUGGACAGACUUGUGAUAGAACUGGAACAGAACCGUAACCUUAGCAGUACAAUUGUACACAUUGACAUGGAUGCCUUCUAUGCAGCUGUGGAAAUGAGAGACAAUCCAGAGCUGAAGAAAAAACCUAUAGCAGUGGGAUCAAUGAGUAUGUUGUCCACCUCAAAUUACCAUGCUAGGAGAUUCGGGGUGCGUGCAGCCAUGCCUGGAUUUAUUGCUAAAAGGCUAUGUCCACAUCUAACUAUAGUACCACUAAACUUUGAAAAAUACGGCAAAGUGAGUAGAGAGGUUAGAGAAAUACUGGCUGAAUAUGAUCCCAAUUUUAUGCCUAUGGGCCUAGAUGAAGCCUACCUGAAUAUAACAGAGCACUUGGAGGAAAGGCUGAACUGGCCUGAAGAUAGAAGAAGGUUCUUUUUUAAUACAGAAAGCACUACAGGAAUAGAUAAAGAUUGUAUGAAUGUGUCUGCCAAAUUUAAUGAAGGUGAAGUCUCUUCUUCACCAGUACUGUUUGAAGACAACUCAUCUCUGAUGGAUGACAAACAUGAACAAAGAAGUCUAUCAAUGGAAAACUCAGUUGUCUUUGGAACUUCUGCAGAGGAAGUUGUGAAGGAAAUUCGCUUUAGGAUUGAGCAGAAAACUCAACUGACUGCUAGUGCAGGAAUAGCACCAAAUACAAUGUUAGCAAAAAUGUGCAGUGAUCGUAAUAAGCCUAACGGCCAAUACAGAAUUUCUCCUGAGAGACUGGCAGUGCUAGACUUCUUAAAAGAUUUGCCCAUUAGAAAGGUGCCAGGUAUUGGAAAAGUAACAGAGAAGAUGUUAAAAGCCCUUGGAAUUGUGACUUGCUCAGAACUGUACCAGCAGAGGGCACUGCUUUCUCUUCUUUUUUCAGAAAUAUCUUGGCGUAAUUUCUUGGAUAUUUCCCUUGGUUUGGGCUCAACACAUUUGGAAAAGGAUGGAGAAAGAAAAAGUAUGAGCACUGAAAGAACAUUCAGUGAAAUAAACACAGCAGAAGACCAGUACAGUUUGUGUCGAGAGCUCUGCAGAGACCUUGCUCAAGACUUGCAGAAAGAGGGACUUAAGGGUAAAACAGUUACAUUGAAGCUUAAGAAUGUGAACUUCGAAGUUAAAACAAGAGCUUCAACUGUGCUGUCUUCUGUUUCUACUGAGGAGGAAAUAUUUACUGUUGCUAAAGAUUUGUUAGGAACAGAAAUUGAUAGUGUUGCUCCUCAUCCACUACGGAUAAGACUUAUGGGUGUACGAGUAUCAGGAUUUCUAACAGAAGAAGAAAAGAAAUACCAACAAAAAAGCAUUACAAGUUUCUUAAAAUCAGGAAAAGAAAUUGGUUUCUUUAGGCUUCAGCCAGAGAAGUCCAACCAAGAGUAUUUCACAAAAAAUUCAGAAGCACCUCAUAGAAGGAGUUUUUUCGAUCAAAAGCGAGCAGCAAGACAACUAAACAGUAAGGAGCUCUUUCAUGAUGACAAAUCAUCAGCAAAUUUUGUGGAAGAAACAAAGAAAGUCACAGAUUUACUGAAUUCUAAUGUUUGUAAGAUCUUCACAUGUCCUGUGUGCUUUGAGAAGCAAAGCAGCAAUAAUUUGGAAGAACUUAAUAGACACAUUGAUGAGUGCCUCAGUGGGAUGUGUGUUAAAGAUACUAUGGAAAUAUCCAAGAAUGACAGUUCAAGAGAAAAUACAUCUAACUUUCUUCCACAGUUUAAAAAUGAGUGGGUUGAUAAAUGUCAAAAAAAUGAAACAGAUCAAUUAUCAGGAACAGACCAGUCUGCAAGUGUAUCUGACAGCUCUACUGACAAUAGCACAGAAAAAUUCGGUCAGAUAAUACCUGAUAAAUCACCCAGAGAACGACAGCCUAGCAAUCUCAGUGACAUUGCUAGAAAUGUGUGUAUGAAACAGUGUCUCUUCCCCAAACUAAUAUCACAAGACAGUGAAGACCAUUUUGACAAGACUGAAGAUACAGAAGGAAGUAGUUCAUCCUGUUUCUUUGAAGCCAAAGAAGACAGUGUUCUUGUUUGUCCAGUUUGUAAUUUAGAACAGAAAACUACUAAUCUUAUGUCAUUUAACAGACAUGUUGAUGUCUGCUUAAAUAAAGGCCUUAUCCAGGAGCUGACAGAAAAAGAGGAUUUUCCUACUAAGACUUAUAAUAUGAAAAACUCAAACAGAGUUUUCUCUGGAGGUUUAAGCAAAGGACAGCCAUGCACAAAUCCAUCACAAGGAACAAAAAGGUCUGGACUAGCAGCUUCACAAUCAGUAUCAAAAAAACCCAAGUCAAGCAAUUCCAAACAUACAAUCAAAAUGUUUUUUAAAUGA